CGAGGCCCAAACCAAACCUCAAGUGGCAAGUGUGCACCAGGGAAGUUCACGCAGUUCAUGCAGAGCAGGCACCCCUGUUCUCCAAAAGCCAAGCUCCGCGUUUAAGCGCUACGCGGCGUGCCUGGAGAACGCCAUUAUGCACGUGCUGGAGGAGACUGCGAGCGAGCUGUCGGAGGAUGAGUCUGUUUUCGACUCGGAGGCGGAAACCAGUGACGCCGAGGACUUUGCAGGGGUGCCGGUAAUGCUGACAUCCUUCAACAUUGCCAAGGGCAUCGUGGGGGAAGGCAUCCUCAGUUUGCCCAACGGUUUGGCUGCCGGAACCGGCAUGAUCUCGGGAGUCUUGAUUAUGAUUGCCUUCUACACAGUGAUGAUGUACUCCUUCUGGUCCCUGGGCAGAGCCUGCGAAGCCACGGACACCAAAAGCCACGGCGCCUGUGGCCAUGCCAUCACCAGCGGCUACACCUUCGGGGGCAUCAUGGAGGCCACCAACUUGGUCAAGACGGCCUUCACUUGCACCGCCUACGCUAUCGUCAUCGGGAAGAACAGUGAAGACAUUUGGCACUACGUGGGCUGGGAGUCCUGGUUCGCCACCCAACGUGGCAGCUUCCUCACCAUUCUGGUUGUGAUCCUGAUGCCGCUGUGCCUCUUGCGGGACCUUUCCAAGUUGGCCUUCUCCAGUUUCCUGGGCCUUGCCUGCGAGGUCGGCGUGGUGCUCUUCAUGAUUUGGCGCCUUUUUGACGGCGCCUAUUCGGAGACCGGCAAGUACUACCAGGAGCAGGAGCUGGAGACGCGGUUCAGCUUGGGUGAGGAGGGGCAGUGGAACUACAUGGGGGUGAGCCUGCAAACCAUGGUGCUGGUAGGUUCUAUGUCAACCGCGUUUCUGGCGCACUACAACGCCCCCAAGUUCUACCAUCAGCUGCGCCGCCGGAGCCCCAAGACCUUCCUCCAGGCCGCAUCCGGCGGCUUCACCAGCGCCCUGGUCCUCUUCGCCACCUGCAUGGUGGUAGGUUACCUCACCUUCGGCAAGAACUGCCAAGGCAACAUCCUCCACAACUACGCACAUGGGGACACAGGUGCCACCAUUGCUCGCGCGGCCAUGCUGAUUGCCACUAUUUGUGGCUUUCCUAUUGCUUUCACAGGCCUGCGGAACUCGGCGCUGGGGCUCUUUGGCUGCGGCUCGCGUCGGCGGAUCUGGGUGCCGGUCACCUUGGGCCUGCUGUCGAUAGUAGGCGCGCUGGGGUGGUCCCUGAACGACCUCGGGGUGGUGAACUCCCUGGGCGGGGCCACGCUGGGCUCGCUGAUCACCAUGAUCUACCCAGGCCUCAUGAUCGCAUGGACCUACAAGGCUUCCUUGACCAACAAGUACGUGGAUGAUCGGGUCUUCUCAAAACUGGAGGGCCGCUUUAUUGGACGGGGCCUGGCUGCUCUGGGAGUCUUCCUCGGAAUCUUUGGCACCUGUAUCGUGGUUACUGUGAAAAUCUUCCACAAGCAGCUCUGAGCUAAGAGGGUUUCGGCGGUGGGAGGCAGGGGCCGGCAAACAUGGCAUCAAAGAAGGCCUGUUGUGCCAAGGCAGUUUCGCCUCGUCUCUGCUUGCCGCGCCCGCCCCUUUGCCUUCCUUACACACCCCCCGGCAGCGCCGGCGGUGUGCAUCGUUUAUAUUUUCGGAGCAAUCGAUUGAAGUCUGGCAAGAGAAAA